AGGUUCAUAUUCUUUUAGGAUUUUGUAUAAAAGCGCAGAAUUAACAGAUUUUCGGCACAGCAGCUGUUUCCCCUUCGGAAAUCCAAAGAUGAAUAUUUCUGUGGUAUUCUUUAUCGUUUCGAGCUUUGUUUUGGCUCAUGGAACAGGCGUCAGGUAUGAAUCGAACCUCCUUGAUUCUAAGAAAACCCACGGUUCUGUAGAAUUCCAGGCUACAAGUCCUACCGAUCUGGAAGUCUCUACAGGCCGUUCAGUGCAAGAAGAUUUGCAGAGAAACCAACAUAAAUUCCAAGCAACUCGUAUGGAUAACAUCGCUUCUCGUGAUGAAAGUCAAAUAAUGCAGCAUAGUCAGGCCCAGUCUCCAAUGUAUCAGCCCCAAGAUCACUUUGCAACUGUCUCUCCAGCUCCGCAGGAUCAAGAUUUUAGCAGAGAUCAGGGUUUUCUUCAUUCACAGAGCAGAAUACCACAGGGCACAGCAUCACAAAUGGGCAUCCAAGCAAAAGAGCAUUUUGACGAAUUUAUACCCGAACAGCAGUUCUAUACCAAUGGCCAACAGCAAAGCGAGCAGCAGCAGUUUUACCGGGAUAAUCUUGGUGUGGGUAUUGAACAACGUAUGAACAGUGAAAGAGCUUUCCAAGCUAUUGCCAGUCAGAAAGGACAACAAAAGAGUGAGAAGCAUGUUGUUGGAGUUCAAACAAGAUUCGUCCCAGCCCAGCCUCUACAGCUUUCUGCAUUCAAUAACAGGGAACAUCCCAUAGUGCUUCCGCAAGUUAAUCAUGCCCAUUCAUCAUCUGUUGUCGUUUCUGGUGUGAAGAAUCUUCCUGUUCUUCCCGCUAUGGUUUACAACGCUGUCCCUGCUCCUUCCACACACGCUAUUACGUACGGUCGUGAUUCCUGGUACCAUGGCGGAGCCUCUGUAAGACACCAUUUACAAACACCAUACGUGAGAUACGUGUACAGCCACAUUUUGUAGUAAACUUCCUAAAUUUUUAAUCGAAAAUACUCCAAAAAGAAACAAUGUACUAUCGCACUGUAAUGUAAGGUUCAGGAAUAUUUGGUGUUUUUCGCUUUUAUUUUGCUUUUGUUGCGUCAGCUAAAAUGCAUGAAACACAAUUUAAAAAACGCUGGUUUCUCUAGCUUUAAAACGUUCAAAUACAGCAUGUGAAAGGACUUCAUUUUAACUACGUUGCUUAGUUUAAUCAUUGCUAUGUUUGUAACUUGUUGGUGCGUCCAUUAUUCAGGGAAUUAUGUGUGUGUUUUCUUUUUCAACUUGGGAACAUUGGCAUUCCAGUAUUUGGUUACUUAUUGGUCACUGUGUAAUUUGAAAUUUGUCAAAAUAUGCAGGUAAUAUACAUUUCCAUUUAUUCAUAAAUUUCCUUAGUAAGAAUAAUAAAGAUGUACUUUAUUUACAAUUUUUUUUAAAGUUUUUAAAAAUUAAAGCAAUGUAAUUUUAUCUAUAACUACACAUAUUUCUGUUUUACCUUUAUUGUUAAAGAAAGAUAUAUUAAUGGAAUAUAUCUGAAUCUAUACUAAUGGAAUAUAUCUGAAAAAUGAUGAUAUAUUAAUGGAAUAUAUCUGAAAUAUCACCCAUGAAAGAUACAUUAAUGAAAUAUAUUCAUGUACUUAAUAUAUAUCAUGAUUCAUGUACUUAAUCUAAAUUUUAUAUUUAACAGAACUGCAUUUUUUUGUAAUACUAUUGCAUAUGAUUCAAAAAAUGGAAUUAUUUAAUUUUAAUGUAAGUAUUAUAACGUUUAAAUUUAAAUUUGCUUUUGUGUAAAUUGUAUUUUCGGUUUGUCAAAUAAAAGUAUUUGGAAUACCAAAAA